AUGGGACUGGAAGUGAGGCAAACGGUGGCCGGAAUAGGGAGAAAUCGGGGUUUAAAGGAAUCGGCGCCGCCGUCGGAAAAAGCCUCGAUUCGGGCGCGUCGGAGGACGGCUGAUGAUGGUGGUCUCAUAGCCGUCUACUGGGCUCAAAACGGCAAUGAAGGAAGUCUAGCCAAAGCCAGUAAUAUUGACCUCUAUGCUUACAUAAACAUUGCUUUUCUUAUGCAAUUUGGCAAUGGCCGAGACCUGGUACUGAACCUUGCAGGUCACUGCGACCCAGCGUGGAAUACUUGUACCAAAUUCGGGCAAGAAAUAAAGACAUGUCAGAGUAAGGGCAUUAAGGUCCUCAUUUCUAUUGGAGGAGCUGUUGGAAGCUAUUCUCUAUCAUUUGCUAAUGAUGCCAAAAAUGUUGCAAACAUAAUAUGGAAUUCUUAUUUGGGUGGUACUGACUCAUCUGCUACAUGUCCUUAUGGAGAUGAUGCUGUUUUGGACAGCGUUGAUUUCGACAUUGUGAAUGGUUCCACAGUUUCAAUAGUUGAUAGGCAUAGGUGGUGA